AUAAAAUGAAACGCAAGAAAAAGUUAAAUCUCAUAUUUGAAAAAGAGAACUUGCAACGUAAAAAAAUUAAGAGGCAUAGUCGCGAUUGUUCGCGUCUGGCAUAGAGAGAAAAAAGGAGGAAGAAGAUGAAACCUUACUCUCAAUGCUUUUGCCGGAGAUGGAGGUCACCAAUUAAAACAAACAUAUGGAAACCAUUGGGUUCUUCUUACUGUAACGCAUGACGUCAAGUGUUUGUGUUUGUGUUUGUUUUCUCGUUUUUCUCGUUGAAUAUUUUUAUUUUUUAUUUUUUUAAGAGGAGAGAUAAUUUACAUGUCAAAUUUUUAGAAUAGAUUCUGUUGUGUAUGCGUUUGAAUUUUUUUCAUAUAUGUAUUUUAAUGGUGAACCUGCACAUUCCUAUCUAUUCUUAAUUUGCAACCUACAUUAAGAAAAAAUCCAAUCUGUUUUUUUAGUUUAUGAAGCUGUUGGUUUGUCUUAUUAUAUAUUAUACAUGUUUUGUUUUGUUUUGUUUUUGAUGGUGUGUUUUAAAAAAUAUAUAAAUCAAAAUGGUUGAGUUCAAUUGUUUUGAUUUCAAUCUCAUUAGUAGUCAAAUCAAACAAGCAGAGACAAUCACUGCAGUUUCAUGAUUAAGAAGAAACUAAAAACCCGAAUCUCACCAUUCAUUUCAAAGUCAUGUUUUCUUAAAAUUUCAUUUCCACGGUUGUUUUCCUUCCAGAUUUCAGAAUAGGUUUCUUCAUAUCCACAAUACGAUUUCCAAUCAAAGCAACCCUUGAACUUGGAUAAUGAAUGACACCCAUCGAAGGCUAAUCCUCCAACUUCACAAUUAUCUUGUGAAAGAAAACAAAAUUGCAGAUAAAUCUGAUCAAAUCCUUUAAUUUCAUGCCAACGCAAGAAUCUCAUCUUCCCAACGCAGCAGUCAAUCCCCAAAUCAUAUUCAGUCAUACACACAUGAACAAAAACAAAUAAACAAGAGAUAGACAGAAAGAUAGUCAAAGAGCUCACAACCUGAAGCACAAUGACCCUUUGAAAGACCAACAAUCUUGUCAAAGAAAGCCGCUUGAGUUGUCAACGGAGUGCUUGCCGACAAAACCAUGUCGACAGUAGGGUUUCUAGGUUUGUGCAUUGCGUAGGAAUUCAUGUUGGAGAAGCACAAGGGAGCAGAAGAAGCAAUAGGAGAAAGAAAGAAAGAAAGAAAGAAAGAAGGAAAGAACAAACGAACGAAAGAAGAAUGAGCAUGAAGCCAUGGAUAGAACCCUGACCGAGGAGCCUGGACCGACCGACCGACGAGCGUGGGUGCAACAGGAGUGUGUGUGUGUGUGGUGGGGGUUGUUUCUUCCAAGAGCCACGAGCGGGGAGUUGGGUGGUGGCCAUGGAUGAAAGGCUUUGGGGUGACUUACGAGAGGAGCUCGUAGAUAGGGUGUUGGCCAGGCUCCCCAUUGACAGCUUCUUUCGUUUGCGCGCAGUGUGUAAACGGUGGAAUGCCAUCAUUCAUUCUCACAGCUUCAUUUCCGAUUGCUCUCAGGUGACGUCGCCUUUGGGGCACUAUUUCAUUAAGGCGGACAGGCGAGCGGACAGAGUGCUGUUGGGGUACAGCUGUGCGUUGUCCAAGUGGCAUCGGAUUGCACUCGAUUUCCUUCCCAUGCAGAUCCAGCCCGCGGCGUCGGCAGGAGGCUUGGUGUGUCUGGUGGCGGAUUACCGGCCGUUCGCUCUAUUCGUGUGCAAUCCCAUCACCAAGGUGGCUCGGCAGCUGCCCCCGCGCAUUUGCAAACGCAGGCCGCGGAUUGUGUGCAUGGUGGUGGAUAGGUGGGUGCAAGGCUACAAAAUCAUCGCCGCGGGGGGUUACCGAACCGAUGACGACCGAUGGACCACUGAGGUGUUUGACUCCGUCACCAGCUCAUGGCGCGUCUCUGGAAGCCUCCUGCAAGAAGAGUUCACCAAGCGCGCCGUCUGUUGCAGGUUACUCACAUCAUCAUCUCAACUGCUUGUCGUCGUUCAACCCCAUAUUGAAUCGCUACAACAUCGAUUCAAACACAGCAUUCAAUGUGUCGGUAAUACUAGUUCUUUGACACACCGGGGCGAUUCUUUGCGGUGCAGAAAUUCUCUGUAUUGUUUGACGUGCGGGCCAAAUAGCGGUUUACUAGAGUAUAACAUACAGCACGAAGUGUGGUCCCGGGUGAAGACGCAGCGGAUGCCCGGAAACGUGAAAUCUCGGCAAUUGUUUCAGUGUAAAGGGAGGAUUGGAAUCGUGGGCAAAGCAUCACGAAACCAGACUUUGGGUUUGUGUAUUUGGUUUUUGGAUUUGAAGACCUUGAAAUGGGUCGAGUAUGGAAGGAUGCCUCCGGACAUGUUUGAUCGAUUGUACAAAAAAUGGCCAUGCGACAGCAUGUAUUGUGCCGGAUAUGAUGAUAUCAUCUUUUUCACUCGUUUUUAUUCGCCUCUUGGCUUGAUCUUCAGUCUCUCCAAGUAUCAAUGGGAAUGGGUGCCGCCUUGUCCGUUGCUCCGAGACGGCUCCUUGAACAUUCCUCGUCCGAGGAAUUGGUCCGUCUUCCAGCAUGAACUAGAUGGCUUCUCCUUUGAACCUAGAUUAGACGCCAGUCCAUUCCACAAGGCUUGAAAACUUAUCAAUGAAUCCAUCUCAAUAACCCCAAAUCUACAAACAUCCUUUGCAAUCUGUGAUCAGCUUUUUUCUUCA